AUGACUUCAGAAACUACAAUUCGCGUUUGUCGGGAAUUCUUCAGUACAUUUGGCAUUCCAUCCGUUUUUGUGAGUAACAAUGGUCCUCAGUUUACGUCCGCGGAGUUCGCUGAGUUUUUAAAGAUGAGUGGAGUCGUUCACAAACUAAGUGCUCCCUACCACCCGGCGACGAAUGGUCAAGCCGAAAGGUUAAUCCAGACUAUGAAAUGCAAAUUGAAGUCCAUGGAUUGUAACGAAUCCGAUCUACAUUCCGAAUUAUACAAUAUCUUACUAUCGUAUCGAAAAAUGAUACAUCCGACUACAGAACAUUCCCCUGCUCAGAUGGUAUUCGGCCAUCAGUUACGUUCUCGUUUAGACCUGAUGAUUCCUUCAGACGACCCUAAAGACAGCGUAGUUCAGGGAAAAGUACGUGAAUUGACAGUUGGAUCGAGGGUGUCAGCACGCAACUACGAUCAUUCUACAAUUUGGGAGUUCGGUGUAAUAAAAGAGCGUCUUGGUAAGUCGUACUAUCUCGUACAGUUGGAUGAUGGACGUGUUUGGAGGAGACAUAUCGAUCAACUACGGGCUGUUGUUGUAGAGGAGCAAUACUCGUCGCAAGAGAUCCUAUUCCCGAUCCACAAAACUCACCAAAACCUACCGUUGCUAUAUCUCCUACUCUACCAACUGGCAACACUGCUGGAAACCGAUCACCAGGCGUACAAGCGAACCAAGGUCUACGUCGUUCAGCAAGGAAGUUCAGAGAUCCACAGAAACUGGACCUUUGAUUCGACGGAGUAG